AUGAACUGCUUGAUGGAGAAUGAGGUUUGGUUAUGGCUUGCCGUCUAUAAAAGUUUGGAAAUGUCUGCCACUCGUCAAGCGAAUUCGGCAGAAGGUUCUUGUGGGAGCGGAAGCCCACCAACGACAGAUUUCGAAUCAAAUGGAGCCGCGAGUAAAACUGACAGGAAACGAUUACGCCAUCACCAACUCACUCCAGCAGCUGUGGCGGGACAGGCGGAGGCUCUUGCGAAGGAGUUUGAACAUGCGUUACCUGUUGGUACAGUAUUGAUAUGCCGAAUGAUCGAGUUAGACCAAUGGCGACAUGGUACGGUGGUGAGCAUCAGGAGGAGAGAAACGCUACCGGAAGAUCAACCUUUGCAACAGGCAGGAGAUCAUGAUUAUUAUGUACAUUUUCAACGUAUGAACCGCCGACACGAUCGAUGGAUAAAAUGGGAGGAUAUAAAAUUGCCGGACUCGUCGGAGAAUAGCAGCGAAUCGAAUGGAGUUAGCGUGCCAGCGUCGUUGUCGCUGCCGGUUGAUGAUGAUUAUAGUGACGAUUCCGAUCAUGAAGGGAUGGGAAAUGAAGAGCUCGAGAGCUGGGAAAAGGCCACGAGAGUUAAACGUAUUCAAAAAAUAUUCUUUCACAAGUAUAUUUUCGACGCGUGGUAUUGGGCGCCAUUUCCGGAAGGUUACCAAGAUUUGGACAUUUUGUAUUUUUGCGAAUUCUGUCUGAAAUUUUUCGA